AUGUGGCUCUACCUGGCAGGCCUUGUGGUCCUGUACCACCUGCUGCGCUGGUACCGGGAGAGGCAGGUGGUGAGCCACCUGCAAGACAAGUACGUCUUCAUCACGGGCUGUGACUCAGGCUUUGGGAACCUGCUGGCCAGACAGCUGGACAUGAGAGGCAUGAGGGUGCUGGCUGCAUGUCUGACAGAAAAAGGGGCCGAGCAGCUGAGAAAUCAGACAUCAGGCAGACUGGAGACAGUUAUACUGGAUGUCACCAAGACAGAGAGCAUCUCUGCAGCCACCCAGUGGGUGAAAGAGCACGUGGGAGACAGAGGACUCUGGGGCUUGGUCAACAAUGCAGGCAUUUACCUCUCCUGUGGCUACCUCGAGUGGCAGAAGAUGGAGGACUGUGUGAGCAUCGUCAACGUGAAUCUCAUUGGUUUGAUCCAGAUGACCUUGAGCAUGCUCCCCUUGGUGAGGAGCGCAAGGGGGAGGGUUGUCAAUGUCUCUAGUGUUCUGGGAAGACUUGCUUGCUUCGGAGGAUUCUAUGCUGUCUCCAAGUAUGGAGUAGAAGCCUUUUCGGAUACACUGAGGCGUGAGAUUGGAGAUUUUGGGGUGAAAGUCAGCAUAAUUACACCUGGUGCCUUCAGAACUGGAGAAACAAAUUUGAAGUUGUCCAUAGAGAAAAUGAAGCAAGACUGGGAAGAAACCCCUGCACAUAUCAAGGCGGCGUAUGGACAACGGUUAUUUGAUACCUUUUGCAGCACUGCCAAAGAAAGACUGGCAAAUUGUUCCACAGACCUGAACCUGGUCACUGACUGCAUGGAACAUGCUGUGACUUCGGUGCACCCACGUACUCGGUACAUAGCUGGCUGGGAUGCUCACCUCUUCUUCAUCCCUCUCUCUUAUCUACCUACAGCACUGGCAGACUACAUAUUGCAUUUAUAUAGCCCCAGACCAGCCCACGUGGUCUAA